ACACGUUCAUGUAAAUCCUGUCAUGUUUAUUCUGACUUUAAUGUGAUGAAUUAACUGAACAGAAAGAAAACAAAUCUUUCAGUGAUUUCCAGAUUUGCCUCCCUGAUGUUUUCUCCUCAUGAAUUAUAACAGACUGAUGACCCCACGGUUCUUACCCAGCAGCUGACUUAUAAAAAUAAACCUGAAUUAUUUACUGAGUAUCAGCCUCAUUAAUAUUAAAAUGAAGCAACACUUUAUUCUGUAAGUUAGACUAUGUGUGUUUAAGGUGUUUAAUUAAUUAUUUAGUUAACCUUUAUUUAUACAGGCGUCUCAUUGAGAAACAAGUUCUCAUUUACAAGAAACAACAUAAAUCUGCUUGAUGAGAGCUGAGUGGAAACAUCUGCUGGACUCCAGGGAGAAGAUGAUCUGCAGGAUCCUGCUGCUCAUCAUCCUCAACUCAUGUCUCUGUGCAGCAACAUUUGUAGUGAAUGUGACACAGAGCUCCUAUCAGGCAGAGGAGAACCACAGCAUCACUCUGGAGUGGACCUUCACCACCACACCUGAUGGACCCUGGAGAUUUCUGUUCAUCUACUGCAGCUUGUUAACUCCUAGGAAAGAAUCAGUCCUUUAUGAGGUCCAUGAUGGUGUUGAGGUGUCAGAGUCUCAGGAUGAACAGUUUUCAGGACGAGUCCAGAGUGACAAAGACGUCCUCAGAGAAGGACGGAUCAGACUCCAUGUGUCCAGACUGAGGACUGAGGACUCUGGUCUGUAUUACUGUGAUGUUCAGACUGAUGAUGGUUUCAACUCUGGAAGAUGUCGACUCAACGUCUCUGCUGCUGAUCAGCUUCAACCUCAGAGACCAACUUUGACUCCAGAACCAGAUAAAUGGAUAAAGAUCUUCUGGAUCACAGCAGCAGCAGCUUUGCUCCUCUGGAGAAAGCCUCCUGGUGGGAAACACCUGGAUCAGCUCCAAAGGGAGGUGUCCAGGAAGGAUUCUGAACAAAGGUCCGACCCGCCUCAGCUGACUCCUCUCGGUAUGGAGGAGCAGCAGCUCUAUCCGAGUCUCUCCUGGAUGGCUGACCUCCUCACCCGGGAGAGCCCAGCCACCCUGCAGAGGAAGCUAAUCUCAGGAUCUAGUUCUUUCAGUCAUGACCCAGAUUUCCUGACCAGGUGA